UUCAGAAAACAUGAACAUAUCAACGCUGCUGUUAACUUACUCAUGUGUAAUAGGGUUACUUCUAGGGGUUAACGGCUUGUUUUUACCAAAACGUGGCUUAGCGCCGUACAAAACAAGAGAACGAGUCUUCUUAGAUCCAGCUGAGAAACGCCCCUUCUGCAACGCUUUCACAGGAUGCGGUAAAUACAAGAAGCGCUCCAACUUGCCCGCUCUAACGGAGAACGGCGAAGAAAUGGACGAAUCGAUCAACAGUUUACUAGAACUCAGCGCAGAACCUGCAGUGGAAGACCUCUCCCGUCAAAUUAUGUCCGAAGCGAAGCUGUGGGAAGCAAUCCAAGAGGCGAACCUGGAACUAAACAGACGCAAACAGGCAUCCAGGCCGAUAGAUGGCGAGCAAUCAGAUGAACCAGCUGUCCCUGCUAGGAAAACUAUGGCACAAAGCUGCGCACUGCCGCCUUGUUAUAUUUAAAACCCACAGAUGACGUCUCGUUCUUAUAGGAGGGGGAUCAAUACGCACAGUGUACACUGUACAGGGCAGUUGUAGUGUAGCAAAGAGUAGUUGUAUGAAGAGAAGACAGAAUAAAAUUAGAUAUGACUCUAAACACAUGGUAUCUAAGCAGGGUUGUUCUUAUUUAAUUGGAAAUAAAUGCGGUGUUGCCAGAUGGAUAAUCCUUUUUGGAUGAAUUCGGUGACUAUCACUUGUGAACGAAUUUUUUGUUCAAAUUUACGAUUGUUUACGCAUUUAAUUAAGGUGGGGAUAUUUAUCAUUUUGCAACCUACAAAAUAUAUUUUUUUUUAAUUUCAUUCAAUACAAUUUUAAUUCUCAAAGCCUCUAAGUUACCACAUAACUUUCAAGCCUCUACGCAAAACAGCUUACGUGUUGGUUUAGUAAUAAAAGAAGAGCGUCAGGUUGAAAUUCAACAACUUUCUAACCUCAAAUUGCUUAUUUGACCAAUCGUCGGCCCAGUUAUCUAGACGCCGUGCCUUAAGACGGUUUUUUUAUUUAUUUAAAUGUAGCUUUUAUAAAUAUUUUAUGACAGCUUGGCAACACCGCCUCGGUACAUGCAGAGUCAUCUAUUAGCAAAUGGCCAAUCCAAGGACGAUCCGCACGUAGAUCGCGUAUUUACGUAUUUUGAUGCACCAGCUCGACAAGUUACAUGUUUAGCAUCAAAAUACGAACGAUAUGACUAGUUUUUAUCGUAUCAUAUCAGUAUGCGACGGCGGAUUAUAAAGGCAUUCCACUGUCUUCUCUUAAUAUAACUACUCUUUGGUUGUACUGUAGUGUAUACAAUCAUUUGGUAGAUGGAAAUUUGGUAGAUGGAAACUUUGGGGAAAGUUUUGAAAAGUUGGUAUCCCUAUAUACUUUGACAAGCACACGUUUUUCACUUUUAUUCCAAGCAAAUUACGUCAAAUGCCAAAUACGGUGGUUCAUCCUCUAACACUGUUCUCAAAUUGCUUAUAUCUACUUGAAAGACAAAUGGAUAUUAAUGAAAGUCUGAAGAGUUAAUGUUGUACCUAGAAUCCUAUUAAUAGUCGUAUUCCCCCAAUGUUCAGAUAUGGAAAAGUGAUUAUCCAGGGUGUCCCAAAGGUCAUGAAUCAAACGAAAGAGGAUGAUAGAUGACUUACAAUCAGAAAAACAAUAUCCGAUUGUGCUCGGUUUUUGAGUUAUAGCCAUUUUCAAGGAUUUCUAGAAACUCAAUAUGUAUUCCGGAUUCCGUUGAGAAGAACGAUCUGAAUACACUCACGAAACCAUGUCAGCAGGAAAUUUCGAAUCAAAAUUAACAAUGCCCUGUCAACAACAAGGCCUUCAGGGCCGGUGUCCCUCAGGGUUCGGUCCUGGGAGCAAUUCUUUAUUCAUUUUUCAUUCACAACAUCCCUAGCCCCAGCAACUAUGAAGUAUACCUCUAUGUAGAUGGUAUGAUCCAGCGGAAACACACAAAAUUUGUAAAAACUAGAUUUCAGAUAACACUUCGGCAAAUUUAUCCUUUGUUAAAUGGAUCUUCAAAAUUCAGUUUGAUUAACAAAAUACUGAUGAUAGCACCGUUGUGCGGCUAGGUGCUUUUUAGCCAAGACGCAUCAGAAGAGGCGCAGCUACGUCACUAUAUAGUGGACUCGCAUAGCACAAUUUCAAAUAAUUAAAUGUGUAUUUGAAAUUUGCUUAUUUUUAUGGCUCACUUCACACAUUCAUUGCGAUUCUCCAACUGUGUUGAUUCUCAAACAACUUUCACACCUUUGUUUAUCUAUUUAAUAAAACAAGUCAUCCGUAAAUCAUAUCUAUUCAUCAACAGGAAAUAUUCACAUCUUUAUAUGAAAAAUAAACAGUACACAAGUACGAAAAGAUCGCUCUAACAACACAAUAUGUGAAAAGUAGAUAUACAGUAAUGAGGACAAAGUAGAAUAUAUGUAUGUAUUAGAAAAUUUCCUAUACACCUCUAAAAGUUCUCUGUAAAUUAAAACGAUCAAUAUAAUUUAUCAUAUUCUAUCUACAACACUAUACAAAUUGUUUUCACAACAUAUAGGGCUACAUCUUGACCCUCAUAGGACUUCGUAAAAACGACCAUAAAAAUUAGAGUUCUCAACUGUCAUCAAGAUUAUUUUUGAGCAGGUACAAAAGCACCGCAGGCUAGCGCUCGGCAAUGUAUUUGUCACAAACUCUUAAAUGUCCAUAAAAUUGAUGAAGGCAAAAAGGGA